AAUAUAUUAUAAUACCCGAACCGCUACCGACCUGAAARCAAAACGUCGGGCAAUCUAAUGGUUUUUCAUAUGGACUACGAUUUUAAGGUGAAGACUGGCACCGAACGGGCCAAAGUCGAGGACCUGUUCGAGUACGAGGGCUGUAAAGUUGGCCGCGGGACGUACGGACACGUAUACAAAGCUAAGCCAAAGGACAAUACGGACAUCCGCGAGUAUGCUCUCAAACAGAUUGAGGGCACCGGCAUAUCGAUGUCCGCGUGCCGUGAGAUAGCCUUAUUGCGGGAACUGAAGCACGUAAACGUUAUUAAUCUUCAGCGGGUAUUCCUAUCGCAUUCCGAUCGCAAAGUUUGGCUGCUCUUUGAUUACGCCGAACACGAUCUCUGGCAUAUUAUUAAGUACCAUAGGGGUGCCAAGGCCAACAAAAAGACAUUGAAUGUACCAAAAGGUAUGGUCAAGUCAUUGAUCUACCAGAUCCUCGACGGUAUACACUAUCUGCACUCUAAUUGGGUACUACACAGAGAUCUCAAACCGGCCAACAUAUUGGUGAUGGGCGAAGGUAACGAACGCGGUCGGGUCAAGAUUGCCGACAUGGGUUUUGCCCGACUGUUCAAUGCACCGCUCAAACCGUUGGCCGACUUGGACCCGGUGGUGGUAACUUUCUGGUAUCGGGCACCCGAACUAUUACUCGGYGCCCGACACUAUACCAAAGCCAUCGAUAUCUGGGCCAUUGGCUGUAUAUUUGCCGAACUGUUAACCUCGGAACCGAUAUUUCAUUGUCGACAGGAGGACAUUAAAACUUCCAAUCCCUACCAUCACGACCAACUGGACAGGAUAUUCAGUGUAAUGGGUUUUCCAUUGGAAAAGGACUGGGAUGAUAUUAGGAAAAUGCCCGAACAUCCCACACUGGUUAAGGAUUUCAAGCGCAACAACUACCAGAGCUGUUCACUGGGCAAAUACAUGGAGAAGCAUAAAGUCAAACAGGACUCGAAAGCCUAUCAACUAUUGCAGAAACUGUUGCUUAUGGAUCCAACCAAACGACUAACAUCGGGAACGGCAAUGCAGGACACGUACUUCCAAGAGGAUCCGUUACCCACACAAGAUGUUUUUCAUGGCUGUCCCAUACCGUACCCGAAACGAGAGUUCCUUACCGACGACGACAAUGAAGACAAAACCGAUACAAACAAUAAACAACAACAACAACAGCAACAACAACAACAACAGCAGCAACAGAAUAACAACCAGAACCACGACAACAACAAUCAUAAUCAGUCGGCCGCCAAACGGGUCCGUAUGAGCGGUAUAGGCGGUCAGGCAAUGCCGCCGGUAACGUCAGGCUCGGGAUCGGCAGCGCACGGUAUGCCCAACCAGAACAGUAUGUUUGGCAAUAAUCAACCAAUGAAUCAAAACUAUGCGCAACGGUAUUAAGGGAGAGU